ACUUCCUCUCGGGGAGUCGGAGGAGGAGGCGACGAGCAGCCGCUUGAGCGCAACCCCGAGCUCCGGGAUUCCCAGAGGGCCUCGCCCCCUAGGCCGCCAGCCGCUCGCCGAGAUGUCCGAGCCCAAGCCGGACCAGAACGACCCGGACCUGGCCGCCGCCGCAGCCGCUUCCCCCGCCGAGGUACUGCGCGCCCCCGGGGUCCCGGUGGGGGUCCCCCCGCCCGACUUCCCCGCCCCGAGCUUUGCGGAGCCGGAGAACCCCCCCGCGGGCUCGGCGGCCCACCCCGCGGCCGCCCCGGCGCGCCAGGUCCCCGACGAGGACGACCCCAAGGCCCUGCUGGAGGCCGCCGAGGAGGGCCGCGCCCACCCGUCCCCGAGCCCGCCGCCGCUGCCCGCGCCGCCCGCGCCCGCGCAGCUGGUGCAGAAGGCGCACGAGCUGAUGUGGUACGUGCUGGUGCGGGACCAGAAGAGGAUGGUCAUCUGGUUCCCCGACAUGGUGAAGGAUGUCAUCGGCAGCUACAAGAAGUGGUGCCGCAGCAUCCUCCGGCGCACCAGCCUCAUCCUGGCCAGGGUCUUCGGGCUGCACCUGAGGCUGACCAAUCUCCACACCAUGGAGUUUGCGUUGGUCAAGGCGCUCAGCCCCGAGGAUCUGGAGCGGGUGGCGCUGAAUAACCGCAUGCCCAUGACGGGCCUGCUGCUCAUGAUCCUCAGUCUCAUUUAUGUCAAGGGUCGGGGGGCCAGGGAGAGCGCCGUCUGGAACGUCCUGCGCAUCCUGGGGCUGCGGCCCUGGAAGAAGCACCCCACCUUCGGAGACGUCCGCAAGCUCAUCACCGAGGAGUUCGUCCAGCAGAACUACCUCAAGUACCAGCGCAUCCCCUACGUCGAGCCCCCCGAGUACGAGUUCUACUGGGGCUCCCGGGCCAACCGUGAAAUCACCAAGAUGCAGAUCAUGGAGUUCCUGGCCAGGGUCUUCAAGAAAGACCCCCAGGCCUGGCCCUCCAGAUACAGGGAGGCCCUGGAGGAGGCCAGAGCCCGGCGGGAGGCGCACCCCGAUGCCCACGGCCCCCGCAACAGUGUUUCUGAGGAGUAGAGGGGGUGGGGGUGGGUCUUGGAGGCAGAAUCAGUUCUGACCGUCCACGUUGCUUCUGGAAGGGGUGGGUGGGGCUUGGGUCAUUUAGAGUAUUCAGGAUUCCCAGUGCCGUAUUCCCCAGUGUUAACCUUUCCAGUUUUCAGUACAGUGCUUUAUCCACCCCCCCUCCCCUAACAUUUUCAUGCCAUGCUGUAUUCACGUGGGUACUCUUUGAGUAGUAGUAUUUUAGGAUGUAUGCAUGUUUAUUUCCUAAAGUGAUCUCUGUUGGUGCUUUUGCUUUUUGUGGAUUUUUUUUUUUUUUUUUUUUUUUUGGUACCAGAGACGUGCUAAAGUUACGAAAUACAUUGAGGGGGGAAAAAAAUUCUAUCCUUUUCUUUUCCAUGGGGCCGAUGAUGUGUAUUAAGGUAGACUUGAUCCUGGAGAGUUUGGAAGGAAUCACCAUUACAGCUGGGCCUGACCAAGCCAAACGCCAAGGCCCUUCUCUCCUCUGUGACUCAUUGGGCACUGGAAACAUCAUCACCGAAGUGAACUGGACUGAUUUGAACUGAACUGAUUUGAACUGGAAUGAUCAGAAACGGUCCCAGUUGUGAGCACUUAGCACACUUUAAUUAAAACACAUAUAUACCCCCCCACACACACCAUGAAUAAAGUUUAAAUAUUAAAGAUUCUUGUGAUGCAAGCA